UACAAGUCGCUUAUACGAUAAGUGUGUAUGUAGGUAUAUAUAGGCAGAUAAGUGACAGCUAUAUUCGCCACAAUUGGUUUUUCGCUUAUUCAGUGCUAGUGUCUGUUCGAGCAGACAUUAUUGCUCGUGUUACCGAGUCCUUGAGUUGUAGUUUCAGCGAUGCCCCGACCGCUGCUAUACUUCUUGCCAGGGAGCCCGCCGGCUCGCGCCGUCAUGAUGCUAGCAGACAUCAUCGGUUUGGAGCUAGAUAUAAAAGAGAUCGACUUUUUGAAAUUGGAACACAAAUCGGAGGCGUUUUUGAAGUUAAAUCCCAUGGGCACAAUCCCAACAUUGCAAGAUGGUGAUUUCGUGAUAUCGGAAAGUCAUACCAUCAUGAAGUAUCUGCUGGAGAAGUAUGGCGGCGACAAACGCGAGGUUCUAUAUCCGAGCGACAUAAGAACCAGGGCCCUAAUCGACCAGUGCGUGUUCUUUGAGACGGGCGUGUUUUUCGUCAGGCUAAAAGUGGUUGUUUUACCAGCAAUCUUCGAAGGUCACCCAGGGCCGACACCUAAGCACAUAGCGGACAUCGAGGAAGCGUACGGAGUGGUGGAGGCGUAUCUUGGAAACAAACCUUACUUAGUCGGGAACCACUUGACCCUAGCUGAUCUGUCCCUUGGUGCUACGACCACCGCUAUGGAGGUCAUACAUAAAGUGGAUCCCAAGAGGUUCCCACGGGUCACAAACUGGGUCGCCCGCUUGCAGAACGAGCCAUUCUUCAAGAGCAUCAACGCGGAGGGCGUUGCUUCAUUCUCAGAAAUUCUGAACGCUUGCUGGGCAAAAAACAGGAAAUAAACCGUUAAAUAAUUAAAUAA